AAAAGUUUAGCGGAGCUUUGUUUGUCUAUGGUGCGGUUGGAAUGGAAAUGGAAGAUAGCCAUUUGUCUGAUAACCAAACAAUAGAAUAUAUUGGCUUUACGUGUGUAAUUUUGGACUUAAAACGAUCAAUCUUUAAACAUUAAAGAAUAUCCAGAUGGCACCUGGAUCUACCAAGGAGUCAAUGGUAUGAAAUCAAGAACUUACUAUGGAUGGGGAACCAGAAGACUUCAACCUCCAGUGGGAGGAAGAAGUUGAAGUGAAGAAAAUGUUUGCUUUCCAGCACAGUCCAGGUGUUGUUGAAACGGAAGUGAUAAGUGGUUUAGAAAAUGUACAGCACACUGGAUAUUCAGCUAUGACAACAGAAGAGAUGAUAAACACGGACCAAAUGGCUGCUGAGAACUUAAUGUAUCUAUCUCAAGAUGUAGUCAGUUAUACAGAGACGGCUGAGCUAGCCGAUGAUCCAAGUGUGGAGUGUGUCACUGAAGAGGUCAUUACGGAUGACUGGGUGAUUCCUGGAGGCCAGGAAAGGUACCAGGUGGAAGUUCCCAUGGAUCACUUGAACCAUCCUGAUUUGGUUCUUAAAGAAGAAAAUGAUGUUGAUGUUCCUUUACCAACUGAUCAAGAUGAAUACACAGCGAUGCGUCCAUGGCCGUGCGACUUCUGCUCUCGUCGGUUUCGCAAGAAGGCUGCACUCAUGAACCAUAUGGUCGCCCAUCAGAACGACCGGCCUCAUGCUUGCAACCUCUGCGGCGUUCGAUACGUACGCAAGUGUGAUCUCAUGAACCAUCUCAAGGUUCACGCCUUUGUACCAGACAACCCUGAUUCCAUAGACUUUGAGGAUGUUUUAGACAAUAACCAAAUUGUAAAACCAAAGAAGAAACGAGGUAGACGGAAAAAGAAUCCCGAACCUGUAGAGGAGAACGGCAUGUGGGAGAACAUGACGUCAGCGCGGACACAGCAGUGGUCGCGCCGCGCCCGCUCGCCGCCCAAGCCGCCCCCCUCCCCGCCCUCCCCGCCCUCCGAGCCCGCCCCCGUCACCCCCCCGCCGCCGCCCAGCGACCCCUCCCGACCCUUCGUCUGCAGGCACUGCGGGGUCGGCUUCGCAAGGGAGAAGGCUUUGCAGUCACAUGCCAGGGUGCACGGCGGCGACUCGCCGGUGGAGUGCGGCUCGUGCGGCGAGCUGUGCUGGUCGCGCGAGGCGCUGGCCACGCACAUGCAGCAGCGACACCCGCAUCUGCCGCCGCGGGACCCGCAGCCCGACCCGCCAUACGACGACUCUGACUCGGGCGACGACAUGGAGUUCCGUUUGUCUCCGCUGUCGGCGGGCGGCGGCGAGCGAGCCGUGUACGACACGAUGCGCGGGCCCGAGCUCUUCUGCCAGGACUGCGGCGUCGCCUUCCAGCGGGCCGACCUGCUGCGGAGGCACGUAGCCGCCGCGCACAGCUACAAGCGACAUGACAGCUCGAGCAGCACGUGGGCGGAGCACACAUGCGACGUGUGCGGCGAGGGCUUCACGGACGCGCUGCAGCUGCUCGCGCACGCCGAGGGACACGCCGAGCGGCACCGCACCGUCUCCGCGCCCAGGUUAAAAAGAAUGUCAAAAGGUCGAAAUAAUACUUCAACAUCGAAUAGUUCACGGCAGUUUCCUUGUAGGGUUUGUGGCAAGGUGUUUGGUUCGCGGAGUUCACAACAGAUUCACAUUCGUAUACACACGGGAGAGCGACCGUACGCUUGCCGGUUCUGUUGGAAGGCGUUCGCCGACGGCGGCACGUUACGGAAACACGAACGAAUACAUACAGGCGAGAAGCCGUACGCAUGCGCAGUGUGCCCGCGAGCGUUCAACCAGCGCGUGGUGCUGCGCGAGCACGUGCGCUCGCACCACUCCGCGCCCGACCGCCGCGCUAACGGUGGGCCGGCUUACUGCUGUGUAGUGUGCGGUCGGACGCUGCAUUCUAGCGCGGAACUAGUGCAGCACCUGAUACAACACUGUGACGCUAACACUGCGCUCAAGAGACAACCCCAGACUGGGCCACGGAAAUAUAAGAGACGGCGAAAAUUGAAAACAGAGCAGUCGCCGACGACGCCGCGCGAGUGGGAACGCGCCUCCCCCUCCCCCGCGCGAUCCGCCUCGCCCGCCUCCCCCGCCUCCCCCGCCAGCCCGCCCGCCUCGCCCGCGCCGCCCUCCGCGCCCGCCUCGCCCGCCACGCCGCCGCGCCGCCGCCGCCGCCGCGCCUCGCCCGCGCCGCGCCCGCGCAUGAUCCACACGGCGCCGUCCCCGCGCCGCCGCGCGCCGCCGCGCCCCUCGCGCCGCCCGCCGCGCCGCGUGGCCGACGACCUGCGCGCCAUCCGCGACCCGCCCGACGCCGGCGGCCCCUUCAAGUGCGAGAUGUGCUCGCUGGAGUUCCCGCGCCGCGACGCGCUGCUGCUGCACGUGCCCGUGCACAUCUGACGCCCGCGCCGCGCCGCCCAACCGCACUGAGCGCCGCACUCAGCACGAGCACUACAAUCUAUCGUCGCACAGAUGAAUCUCAAUGGAUUGUGCCAUCUCGAUACGACGGUAGCGACGAUCUUGGGAGCUCGCAAGGUGACUGUCUCGAUAUUUACAAUAGCCGAUGCUCGUCGGAUUCGCCCCCGCUGGUGAUUCAAGUUUCCGUAGUCUGUGACUUGUAACUGGAAAGACUUUUUGUAACAAGUAAAUCAUUGAACAUCAUAUUGUAUUAAUUUAAAUCUUUAUAUGAAUACCUAUAAUGUGUUGUAUAAAUAUACUUGAAUGUUUAUGUGAAGCCAUUAAUUAAUGUUAAUGAAAUAGCUGUCUGUACAUUGUGAUAGUCAAAACAUUUUGUAUGAUAGCCAUUUGUUGUUUUUUUCCACUAUGUUUUAUAAGAAAUCACCAAAUAAAUGCAAGUUAUCUAUCUGAAAUCUUUAACUUUGUUGAUAUCAAUUUCAAUUGAAAAAACUUUUCAAAAUUAAGUUAGAGGCUAAAAAAUUUAGAUGUUAUUUUUUAGUCUUUGUAUUUUUUAAUGUAAACAUGUAAUUUGGCAUGAAAAUUGAAUAGUAAUCAUUUUCAAAUGAAUAAUGUUCUGCUUGUUGACCGUUGCUGUACGCGAGAGCGCCGACUGCGCAGAUCACAGUAUACGUACAUCACGACUCCUGCGCAUAUCUUUGUUGGUUGACUAUAUUUACGCAAAUACGACUGUUUUGUUACAUUACCGAGGUGUGUUGGGUAUCGAGUGUAUUGUUGUAUUAUACUAAUUGACUGAUUUAUUGAUUAGUUCAAUGUAAAAUUAUUAUUAUGCUAGUGUAAAAUUAUGUACAUAAAAUGUGUAUGUAAUAAUAACUUUUGUGACAGUUUUGAAGUUUUCUUUGUUUACUACAAAAUACUGUAUGUUUUGGGGUUUUUACGGUUUUUAUGAAUUUAUUGUGAUAUAGACAUAAACAUUGUAAUGUAGAAUUGUGCCAUGUGAUGGUUAUGAAAUGUUUUCAUGCUUUAUCUCAAUAAAGACAGGAGAUGACUCCAAUCUGGAUGUAAAAAAUGUAUAACCUACAUACUUAUUUGAUCUAAAUUGUUUAUUUCAUGUAAAUGCAGAAUUUGUCAACAUGGAGUAACAUGUAAGCUAGUGAAUAUUGUGCAAUACAUUCCCCAAAAUGCAUGGUAGUAUGUAUGCUUUUCUGAAAUUAUUGUAAAAAAUCUCCUCUUCGUAUAAAAACGAAGAUUCAUUGUACAUAAUAUUGGAAUUAAACGUUUAUGUACUUUAAGAAUUUA